AUGAAGUCCUCGCUCAGCAAGCUGAAGAAAAUUGCACUUCCCAAGACCGUUUCCAAGGACAAAAGAGACUUUCACCCCACCGUUAAGUUCGACGAACUCGCUCUUGCUGCCAAGGACAUGCAAGAUAUGAGAGAUUGCUAUGAUAGCUUGCUUUCUGCAGCUGCUGCUACACAAAACAGUGCUUACGAAUUUGCUGAGUCGCUGCAGGAAAUGGGUACUUGUCUUCUGGAGAAAACUUCCUUAAAUGAUGAUGAAGAAAGUGGUAAAGUUUUGGGGAUGCUUGGAAGUGUGCAGCUUGAGCUUCAGAAGCUUGUUGAUAGCUAUCGGAGCCACAUUGUCCUGACAAUAACCAAUCCAUCAGAAUCUCUUCUUAAUGAACUAAGAACUGUUGAGCUUAUGUUUCUGACUCUUUCAGAUGAAAAUACAGCAAGUUAUAGAUUUCCUGAUUUUGAAGUUGACUAG